AACACUAAAGAUUGGAGCUCCGUAGGACCACAGUGAGGAGAGCAGGGCCUCGGAGGGGUGGGGGCUCAGGCCGGCCCACCCAACGCCCUGCAGCCCUCAGGCCUGGCAUCCGCAUCCGGCGGCUGUGAGCGACUUCCUCUAGAGGGAGCUGAGCACGGCUGGCCGCCGGCACCUCUAGGAUCUCUGCAGCUUUGCGGGUCCCUGGCCCAGCACAGAGAGGCGGCAUCCGGAGCCUGGAAUGCUCUGGGAAGCUGGGCCUCAGCACCUGCCCAGGAGCUCGGACCCCAGCCCUGCUGAGCCACCUGGUCUGCCGGAGUCCCCACAGUUUCCACCUGUGCAGUGGGUGUGACCAGGCACCACUGGAGUUCAGCCAGGCUAGGAAGCCAGGCGUGGUGGUGCACACCUGUAAUCCCAGCAUUCUGGAGGCUGAGGCAGGAGGAUCGCCAGUUUGCUGACACCGUCACUCGCUGAGACCUAAAGGAUGGCAUCCAACCAAGGCCCGGGUCCCCCCGGGGAGGGCUGCGAGGAGGGCCCCCCGCCGUCGGAAGCUGAGCAGCAGGUGGCCCGGGACACCGAGGAGGUUUUCCAAAGCUACGUAUACUACCGCCACCGGCAGGAGCAGGAGGCCGAGGGGGCAGUCACCCCCGCUGACCCCGAGAUGGACACCCUGUCCCUAGAACCAAGCAGCACCCUGGGCCAAGUGGGUCGGCGGCUUGCCAUCAUUGGGGAUGACAUCAACCGGCGCUACGACGCCGAGUUCCAGAACCUGCUGCAGCAGCUGCAGCCCACAGCCGAAAACGCCUAUGACCUCUUCACCAGGAUCGCCUCCAGGCUGUUUAAGACCGGCAUCACCUGGGGCCGUGUGGUGGCUCUCCUGGGCUUUGGCUAUCGCCUGGCCCUGCACGUCUACCAGCGUGGCCUGUCUGGCUUCCUGGGCAGGGUGACCAGGCUGGUGGUAGACUGCAUGCUGCGCUACUGCAUUGCCGGGUGGAUCGCGCAGAGAGGCGGUUGGGUGGCGGCCCUGGACUUGGGCAACGGCCCCAUCCGGAAUGUGCUGCUAGUCCUGGCUGUGGUUCUGUUGGGGCAGUACGUGGUACGAAGGUUCUUCAAGUCAUCGUGACUCCGGAGGGGGGGGCGCUCUGGGGUCCCAGCUAAGACCCCUGCCUGCAUUUCAGCCCAGACUUCUCCCUCUCCUCUCCCCUGCAGGGCUCCCCCAACCCCAAGAGUACAGAAGCUUUAGCAAGUGGGCACUCCAGCAUGAGGGGGUCCCUGCCUGGGGUCAGUCGGGCUGCACAGGAGCCCCAACAUUGCAUGGUGCUAACUGGGCCCUAUCCUGUCAGGGGGCUGUAGCUUCCUCAGCUCUCCCGGACUCUCAGCCCUGCCUGCUGGGCAGUGGGGAGGUUGAUACCUUGGAGACCAGAGGCUGGGGUCUGGUUCUUCCCAGGAAGCUUUUAAUGGUUUUAGCUUUUUUAUAAUCCCCUUGGGAGAAACCCUCCAUUCCCAGCACUCUGCCCAAGGUCAGGACAUCCAAGGUGUAGGUCAGUGGGUCCACCCCUGUCUCCAGGACACAGCUGUUCCAGAAGGUCAGAGCCCUGUCUUGGGAGUCAGCACGGCUCCCGGAGGAAGGCUGGCUGGGAUGGGGGCCUAGGUCCUGCUCCCUACCCGACACUGCCUUUGUGGUUGGGCUCUCAGGGAUUCUGGGCUGGGCUUGGGGCGGGGCUGGGGUCCUGGUCAGGGUCAGGGUUGGAGCAGUCUUCAUUGUCCAUCAAGACCACCAAUCCUGCCCCCCGCCCUAGUCCCCCACCCCCUCACCGAAUAACCACUGGCUCCAACCCUCAGUGUGGGCGGAGGCCCUUGCCCCACUCCCUGGGAGCCCUCCUCACGGGCUUGCUGAGGCCCCUCUUUGACUGGCCUGCAGUACCCUGUUAAGGGACCUGGAGAUGUCUCGGGGUAGGGGCCUCAGGCCUGAGCCUGGAGCUGGGUCCUCCCUGGUGGCCAGGGCACUGUGUAAUCUGGGAUGCAGCUGGGGAGACUGUGAAUACUUGAACCCCACCGCACGCCGCCCUCCACGCUCCCGGCCUGCCGGGGCCCCUCUUGGAGGGGGUGGGAGGGCCUUCACUAUCUUGCACAGUUAGGGACUGGGGGGUCCGGGGAAGAAGUUCUUGAUGAAGCCAAAUGCGUGGAGGGAUUGCAGGUGGCGCCUGCUGGCCAUCUACACCCCAUCCUCUGAUGGUGUUUGCAAAUAAACCGUGCAAUGCCCCCA